CGGCGCCUGCAUGCAUAUAAGUAGAUAAAGUGACGGAAUUGAGGCUAAGGACCACUUCGACGAAUCAGAUAAUCUCGUCCAACCCUUCAAUGUGCACCCAUCUCGACCAGUCGGGCACUUCGCGUGGGUUCAACUGAACUCCUCCGCCCAGUACACCAAUCAAAACGGAAUUGUGGUCCAUCUGCUACGUUGGCCAUGCGGGUAUUCUCCUUCCUCUCGUUGUUCGUAGCCACCGCCAACGCCGCCUGCAGUCGCGACACGACUGCUUUGACCUCUGACUGCAGCUCUCAAUGCUACCAAGGUCGUCCUUGCAUCGCCUUCGCUGCGGACGCGUCAUGCAACGCCACCACGUUCGGAACGUGCGUCAAUGAAGGGAACUCGUCCAGUGGAUCAGCUGCGGACUCGUGCGCCUUCGAGUGCUUUGUCAAUGGACCCAAAGACUUCGCUGCCAAUGGGGCCGUGGAGUUCACGGAAUAUGUCUUCUUUAUUCCUUACGGGAGUGAACAGAGCAAGUGGGAAGCGAACUGGACGAGCUCUCAAGCGAGUACGGUGGACACACAGUUGGAGAGCGAAGUUGACGAGACGCAAUUUUAUCCCAGUGAAUCAAAUUUGGUGUUCAAGGAUAUUGAACCGCUAACGUUCCAGACUGAGACGACAACAGUAAUGUUUGUCGGAGGAACGAGUGUGUGGGGAGUAAGAGGGAAAGUUUCACAAGUGAAAUUGAGUGCACAGUUCCUGUCGGAGAAUACGCAGUUGAAAAACAUAACGAUGGUAAAUCUCGGGUUUGACACGGAUCCACCGCAGUCGACGUUUCCUACGACGAAUGUUGAGAGCUUCCGGAUGUCAAAUUGUCUACUGAGCACAUAUCCAGCGGACUUGGAGUUCAUGACGUCCGUCGUGCACGUUGAUUUUUCGCAGAAUUACUUCAAAGACUACCCCGUCAAGUUCUCGCAUGCUUCGAUGGAGUCGCUCAACUUGUCUACAAACGCUCUAACUGCCUGCAGCGGCGACUUCCCAAACAUGAAAAACCUGUACGUGUUUGAUGAUUUGUUUCAACACUUAACUGACGUUGUACUUCUUUGUUAUAGUGAUUUAUCUGGAAACACACUGACAGAAAUUCCAUCGAAUAUCCUCGACAUGCCAAAGCUGAAGGUGUUAAACCUUAGUGGAAAUUCGUUCACGGAUGUGUCACUCACAGCUGAACAAGUCACGUUCUUCCAAAGUCUAGAAACUUUCACUAUCGAUACUUUUGGCGACACAUCACAAUGCUCGGAGUCAGCACGAGUCGAAAUCAGCGGUGUCACGGUUUGUACGGGUACAGGGAAUGCAGAGAGCUCGUCUUCUAGCGACGGCGGCAGCAACGUUGGGGCGAUUGUCGGUGGAGUUGUCGGUGCUAUCGUCGUGGCAAUUGUGCUUGGCGUCGCGUUCUUCUACUAUCGACGUCGUAAAGCCCAUGGAAAAGGCUUUGGAACCUUUACGGGUUUUUCAGAUCCGACACACCGGUCUGGUCGUGGCGGAGCAUCCCUUUGGAACGAUCAAGAGCUGCUAUCGUUGCAAGUAAAUCCUGAUGAUAUCGAGGACAUUCGGAAGCUUGGAGCAGGAGCGUUUGGGGUUGUCUACUUGGCCAAGUAUCGACAGAACAGACUCGUGGCUUGCAAACGUCUUAAGAAGGGAGAAGCUACGUUCGAGAAUACGCAGAAUUUCAUCGCGGAGAUCAAAUUAUGUGCGACUUUGGACCAUCCACGCGUUGUCCAACUUCUUGGCGUUGCUUGGACGAUUGAGAGCGACUUGCAGGCCAUGUUUGAGUACAUGUCCAAGGGAGAUCUCCGUACAUUUCUGGAGAAAACCAAGGCUGGACCAAAGAUCUGGAACGCGGAGAAGUUACAGCUUGCUGCUGAUGUUACGGAAGCUUUGGUGUACGUUCACUCGUUCGCGCCGCCGAUCGUGCACCGCGAUCUCAAGUCUCGUAACGUUUUACUAUCUGAGGACACUCGGGGACAUCUGAGUGACUUUGGAGUGGCACGAGUGCGAUCCGCUAACAACACUAUGACCAGUGGAGUGGGCACGGGGCGUUGGCUUGCUCCUGAAGUCAUUGCAGGUAACAGAAACUACGACCAGACGAGUGAUAUCUUCGCUCUGGGUGUUGUUAUGUCCGAGCUGGACACGCACAUGUUGCCAUACGAAGACGCUCGUGGAGCAGGUGGCAAUCCACUGGCCGACGUCGCGAUUCUGCAGCUCGUGGCUUCCGGUAAAUUACUACCAACGUUCGGGUCACAGUGUCCUCCAGAGAUUCACGAAUUGGCCAAACGCUGCAUGGCCUACAACCCACAAGACAGACCCACAGCAGUCGAAGUUGCCUUUGCACUGCGAACACUGCACAAAUCCGGCGCGUUUAACUAGUUCUUGCUGCUUUUUCUCUUCGUGGUUUAAUGAUAUUGAUACUUAGUUCUAUGGUUAGAGGAGUGUAUAGUGUGAUCGCUGGAUGACUCGAAGCUCGUAGGCCACGACGUGAGCUGGAGGGCGAUUUUCAGGGUCUUGAUCUAGACAUCGUUCGGCCAACAUACGGAGUUCUGGUGGACAGCUAGCUCCAAAUCUAGGACGAAGUUGACCCGUAGCCACGAGUUGUAAGAUGGCAAUAUCAUUCAGACGAUUGCCAUUCGCUCCACGCACAUCUUCGUACGGGAUCGAGUGUGUGUCCAUUUCGGACAAGACAACGCCGAAUGAGAAGACAUCCACGGACUGAUCGUACUUGCU